AGCCGGGCUGGGAUCGGGACCGGGGUCGGGAUCGGGGGGCUCCGCUUGGUCCCUUCCCUGAGGUGGAGCGGGGGCCGGGCCCUCUCCCGAGGAAAAGCAGCCUCGCGUUGUGCCAGGGAGGGUCAGAUCCAGGCGGAUGGGACGGACGGGAACUGCGUCACGUUCGUGCUGCACGACGAGGAUCACACCCUGGGCAACUCCCUGCGCUACAUGGUCAUGAAGAACCCUGACGUGGAGUUCUGUGGCUACUGCAUCACACACCCCUCAGAAAGCAAGAUCAACUUCAGGAUCCAGACCAGAGGGGCCCUUCCUGCUGUGGAGCCAUUCCGGAAAGGGCUGAAUGACCUGAUGGGUGUUUGCCAACACGUGCUCAACACCUUUGAGAGGAGCAUGAAGGAGUUCAGGGCACAGAAGGAGGAGGAGAUGCAGUAGCCUUUGGGAAUGGCAUGGAUGUAAUCUCUGUUGAAUUCCCUGUGUCCAAACGAGGUUUUUUUUGUUGUUGUGUUUUUUAUUACUUUGCUG